AUGGAUACUAAGGGCAUGCAGGAAAAGCUCAACGAAGCUGUCGUUGUUAUGAAUAAGAGUCUUCAGGUCAGUAGAAUCCCAUUUCACAUCAAUGGCAUGACUAAUAAGCCGCUUCAGGACAUCAACAUUCAGAACAUGAACGUUGAAUUGGUUGCACAAAUGUUCAAGAACUACCAAUCGAACGUUCUAUUUCACCUGGAGGCCACGGACAACCUUAAGCCGCCGAACUGA